GCAGCGUCUUCUUUUUGUCAUUUUCUCUUGGCCAUGUAACACUGUCGACACAGAAACACAGAAACUCUCGGAUGGACAAAGAUCUUCAAGAACCGUGGAGUACUACGCCGGUACCUCAACGAACAUCAAUCAAGUCAGGAUAAUAUGGUAUAGUGGUAUGCGAGAACUUCUCAGCUGAAGAGAGAUGUGAUAUUGGCGAGCCAAACGGUUUCGAGCAGUCUCUAGGGCCCGAGGUCCUUUUGUUCAUGCAUCAAGCACGAGGUACCGGCAAUAACCAUUGAAGCCCAAAUUCCUUUAAAUCUUCAUCCUCUUUGUCUUUGGGUUCUCUCUCCACAACUACAACAUGCUCGUAUCCCAUUCCUCCGGUGAAUGUGAUGUGUGUUUUAAAACGUUCAAAACCGAGACCAAAUCAUUGCCAUUGACGUCCAAUAACGCGGUUCAUCCACGCCACCCUCAUGUACUUCACUGUGGUCAUGUUUUCUGUAAAAGAUGCUUGGACUUGAUGGAGGCGAGAAUGGAUCGCAAAUGCCCUCUAUGCAGAGCUACUUUUGAUCGAACAGACAUCAGGAAACUACACCUUGAAUGCUUCGACGACCGCGCCGAUGUCCUGCUACAAAUUCUAAACAAAGCUUGGGAUGAGGAGCAUGGAGAGCAUCUGAACGAUGUAAUUGCCCAAGUUGAGGAGUUUUUGGAUACAAAAGGGAAACAUGAGUGUCUAGGCUUGCGAAUCGCUCUUAGGGCUUUCUACGAACAUUUAGAUGAUUCUCGUGUGGAACGAGAGGCGCCUGGGGAUACUUCGUCUCAAUUUGUGAAUAACUUUUGGAAUGAUUGGAGCCUGAUAGAAGGUAUCAUUGUUAUAGUCUUAGUGAUGAUGAUGUGGAUAUGCCUCCCAUAUCCCUCCUUUGACUACAAGCCCGAAUUGGAGUACCAACGAGACCAGGCGUCGCCGCUCGCAAUUGUAUAUUGUCCGCAAUAGCGGGACUACCAGUGCGGAAGUUGAACGCUGAUGCAGAUGGGUCAGUGGUUGAAUUGUGGAACGCUGAGGAUAGGUAUCAGGAAGAUCGGCGAAUGCAUGGAGGACUGGAAACCAUAUAACGUUGUAUACCAGAGCAGAGAGAACUACUCCGAAAAUCAAAAAAAUCCGAUAUGUACCGUUCCCAAAGACUCGGUUUAAGACAUGUCGUAC